AUGGCAGAAGCUGCCGUGAACUUCCUUAUUGGGAAGCUCACAAAUUUUCUGGACAAUGAAGUGCAAUUCUUCAGAGAUGCUGAGGACGAAGUUCGCUCAGCGAGAGGACAGUUGGAGGGCAUAAGUGCAUCGCUGCGGGUCGCAGAUUCCCUGGAAGAGAGCGAUGAGGAAGUCAAGGAAUGGGUAAAGCAGCUGAGAGAGAUUGCAAAUGUCACUGAAGAUGCUCUCGACGAGUUCAAACUUCUCUCGGCGCAUGAUCAUGGGGUUGGGUUUGCUGGUCUCUUCGGUAGGAUAUCUUGCUGUGUGAAGAACAUGAAAGCUCGAUAUCGGACCAUUUCGCAGAUACAGAACAUCAACUCCAGAAUCAAAAGCUUAUGUGAUGGACACCAGAGGCUACGCCACAAGUUUAGUAAAGCUGAACAUGGCCCAGGCUCCAAUUACUCUGACAACACAUGGCAUGAACACCGAGGCAAUGCCUUUUUUUUAGACAAAAAUGAGCUUGUGGGCAUUGAAGAACAGAAGAAGCAGCUGGUUGCGUGGUUAAUUGAGGGCACUUCUGGGCGGCAAGUUAUCUCAGUUGUUGGGAUGGGAGGAUUGGGCAAAACCACGCUGGUAAAUGAAGUUUAUCAAGAUCCAGAGGUCAAGAAACAUUUCAGGGUAUGUGCUUCGAUCAAUUUCUCUGGCUCUCCAAAUAUAGGAGAGCUCCUCCAGGACAUGCGUCAGCAAAUUGGGAGAGUGAUUGAGCAACCGAUUCCUCGUGGUGCAGACACCAUGAAUAUCUAUUGGCUGAAGAUGUUAAUCAAGGACUUGCUACAGGGAGUGAGGUAUCUGGUUGUUCUAGAUGACAUAUGGAGGAUAGACGAAUGGGAUGCAGUCAAACAUGCACUGCCUAACAACAUGUGCGGCAGCCGAAUAAUCAUCACAACCAGGAAUUAUGAUCUAGCAUACACCUCCUGCCGAGAAUUCCAGGGGAAGGUCUAUAAGAUGGAGCCUCUGCCAGUAGGACAGUCAUGGAAGCUUUUCUGCACGAAGACAUUUCAGGGGAGUUCAUGCCCUUCCCAUCUGGAGGAGACCUGCGAGUUUAUUUUAAAAAAGUGUGAAGGGCUGCCGCUUGCUAUAGUGGCUAUCGGUGGUGUUUUGGCUACAAAAGACAAGCACAGAAUGGAUGAAUGGGAAUCGGUUCGUCACAGUCUUGAUACAGAGAUUGACUGCAACGACAAACUCAAAAACUUGAAGAGAGUUCUUUCACUUAGCUUUGAUGAUCUGCCAUACUACCUGAAAUCCUGCUUCUUGCACUUAAGUUUAUUUCCUGAGGGUCGCCCCAUUAAGCGUAAGAGACUGAUUCGGCUAUGGGUCACUGAAGGAUUUGUUGAAAAGAAAGAGGGAAAGACCCCCGAAGAAGUUGCUAAGGACUACUUCAUGGAGCUGAUGAACAGAAGCCUGAUUGAGGUGGCUGCUAGACGAAGUGACAGAACUGUCGAUUAUUGCCGCAUCCAUGAUUUUCUGCGGGACAUUGUCACUUCCAAGUCGACCAAUCAGGGGUUUGCAGAAAUAGCCAAAGAAGAAAAAUUUGAACAGCCAGACAAAGUCCGUCGCCUGUCAUUACAGAAGACCUUGCGAGCUCUGCAACAGAACUGGUCCUUGUCUCAACUUCGCUCUUUAUAUAUGUCUGGGAUGGAGAGAUCAUUUAUGAAUAAAGUUCUUGCUAGUGAUAUGAAACUGCUCAAUGUUUUGGAUAUACUAGCGGCUCCUUUGAAAAGGUUCCCUGCUCAAGUUGCUGAUUGGUGUUAUCUGAGAUAUCUAAGUUUUAGGGGCACUGAGGUAAGUACAGUUCCAUGUUCUAUCAUGAAGCUUCAAAACUUAGAGACUCUAGACCUUAAACACACAAAUGUCACCAAAUUGCCUGUUGAGAUCUUGAAACUUCGACGACUUCGUCAUCUCCUUGUUUAUCGCUACGAGGGUACAACCUAUUCACGGUUCAAAUUUGGCUUUAAGGCCUUUAGAGGAAUAGGGGCUUUGCAAUCCCUUCAAAAGCUCUGCUAUAUAGAGGCAGAUGAUGCGAAUAGCUGCAGUGUUAUGAGAGAGCUUGGAAUGUUGACACAACUGGAUAGGUUGGCCAUUCUGAAACUUAAAAAGGAAGAUGGAAGGGAUUUGUGCUUGUCGAUCUCCAAACUAACCAGGCUUCAAUCAAUAUCCAUAGCUUCUGUUGAUGAAGAUGAGAUUAUUGAUCUGCAACACCUCUCUAGCCCACCUCCAUUCCUUGAGAGAAUGUACUUACAAGGACGCUUGGGGGCUUUACCACACUGGCUACCCUCUCUCAGUAGCCUGAUGAAAUUGCACCUGAGGUACAGUCGCCUAAAGGAUGACCCUCUUGUGUCUCUGGAAAAUCUGCCCAAUCUUGUGCAUCUCGAGUUGCAUCAGGUUUAUGAAGGAAGCUCACUGUGCUUUAAAGCAAAAGGCUUUAAGAAGCUAAAUAAUCUGGGUCUUGACCUUCUUGACAAACUCAGGUGCAUAGAAGUGGAGAAGGGAGCAAUGCCUUUUCUUGAGAAGCUUGUCAUUCAGCGUUGCAACUUACUAGAGAAUCUUCCAUCAGGUGUUGAACACCUGACAAAGCUGAAAGUGCUGGAGAUUUUCGAUGUGCCAGAUGAGCUCAUCAAGAAGCUUGUGCAAGGUGGACAAGAUGAUGAAUAUCAUAAAGUUGCACAUGUUCCAGAAAUACAUUGUGGCUACCGGAGAGAUGAGGGUUGGGAUAUCCAGUUAAUCGAUAGAUCAGUGCAGAGAGAUGGUGCAACCACCCAAGGCACAAGCAUGGGAAGCAAUGAGUUCGCAGCAUGUGGAAGUGAAUGUACUACAUAAGUGAAUAACUGUAAAUAUGCCAAAUGUUUGUGACUUAGGACUUGUAAAUGUGAAUGUAUUGUGAGGUAGAUGUGAAUGCGAGUCUGUCUGUCAAUGACAUUUAGGAGCUGUCAAAGCUAUGUUAGUUAUGUUUGGAGUCAA